AUGCGGGCCUUUUCAUUCCUCGCUCUCAGCAUAAACGCUUUGGCAUGGGCGACGAACGCCGCUGAUCCUCCAUCUUGCGAGGGUACUACUUCAGCUUCCUCGGCACCCUACUGCCCACCGCGUCCGGCCACACCCGAGGAGCAAAGGGCGAUCCUCGGAGAGUUCAUGGAGGCUUUCUACGAAGAGCGAAACGCCACGAAGGCCCUUCUCAACCACGUCGCCGAGGAUUACAUCCAGCACAACCCCAACGCGCUCUCCGGCCGCCAGAACACGCUCAACGUCCUGGCGCCCUUUGUCUCCCCGAGCUCGGUCAACAACACAAUCAUGCACACGGCCCUGGAGAACAACACCGCUUACAUUCACUACCGCAUGGACUUGGCGGGGGGAGGGGAGCCCUUCGCGGUCGUGGAUGUGUUCAGGUUCGACGGUACUUGCAUCAUGGAGCACUGGGAUGUGGCGCAGCAACGCCCAGUCAAUGCCACCAACCCGAUCGCAAUGUUCUAG